AUGCGGCCCUCACUGUCACUCGUUGCUAGUUUUCUGCCGGCGCUGGCCCAGGCCGCCGCCGUUGCAGCUCCGCCAUCAGGCAAAGUCGCGCCUGUUAAGCGCGGCGACGGAUAUUUUUAUCAACAGAUUACAGCAUUGCCGCGUAAUGAAACCAUUCCGGAAUUCGCAUCUGUAGGGAUCGAGAAGAGACAGGUGCCGGUGGUUCUGACCCAACAACUCUCCGGAACACUCUACACCGUGAAUAUUGGGAUCGGUACGCCGGAGCAGCCGAUUACCGUCUUGCUUGAUACCGGGUCGAGUGAGCUUGUAGUUAAUCCUACCUGCGCCACUGGUGGCGGUGCCACAGCUGUCGCAUUCUGUUUGACGACUGGUGUUUAUGCUGAACUACUGAGUCUCACACAUACUGACCUGCUUACUGCGGCGACAAUCGAUUACGGUUCUGGCCAGGCGACUGUUGAUUAUGUUACAGACCAUGUGGACAUUGGUGCGACACUCGUCGCUCAGCAGUUCGGUCAAAAUGUCUUGUCCGUGAACGUCUACAUUGGCAUCCUGGGUCUCGGGCUCCGUCCCAAUGCUGCCACAACCCAGUACACAUAUGUGCUUGACAACUUCGUUCAACAAGGCUUCAUUAGCAGUCGUGUGUUCUCACUUGAUCUGCAAACAAUUGGAAAUCCGACAGGCUCGGUCAUCUUCGGUGGUAUUGAUUUGGCCAAGUUCAGCGGCGCCCUUGAGAAGCUGCCGAUUCUUGAUCUGACAGCGGCUACAGGCUCCGACCGUUACUACAUUGGUUGUAACGCUAUCGGUGUGACCUACAAUGGCGCGCAGACGAACGUGUUCACUGGUACUCUUCCUGUCUUCCUGGACAGCGGGACUACUAUCAGUCGUCUUCCUACCACAGUGUACCAGGGUAUUGUGGCACAGUUCCCGGGAGCAAUACUCGACCCAGCCGGCUCUGGUCUCUACAUCGUUCCUUGCACUGCCCCUAACAGUGAUACCUCGGUCGAUUUUACUUUCAAUACCAAGACAAUCAGGGUAGCUUACAGUGACUUUGUCGUUCAAGCCGGCGCCAAUAUCUGUGUGCUUGGAGUUUUGCCCGAAACUAGCGGCGAGGCCGUACUGGGUGAUACUUUCCUGCGGGCGGCUUAUGUCGUUUUCGACCAGGACAACCGAAAUGCCCUCAUCGCCCAAGGCGCAAGCUGUGGUCAGCAAAUCAUCAGCGUAUCAGCUGGUGUCAACGCUGUCCCAUCGUCCACGGGUAUCUGUGCUCCUACGACCAGUACAACUACGCUUAGCUCGUCGACUACGCGCGUCUCAACCUCAAGCAACACCAUAGUUAGCACGGCCACGGUGUCAACGGCAACGACGCUUACUCAGACCGCUGUUCAGACGACGGCUUCCACUACUACCCGAACGACCGUCUCCACAUCUCUGUCUAUAAGCGGCAACAGUACCUUCACUUCCCUCGUCACCGGGACUGUGACCUCUGUGUCAAGCGGAACCCAGACAACAAUAGUGACCAGCGUCUCCAGUGGAUCUACUGUCGUCCCCACUACUAUCGUUUCUGUAUCCACUAUCAGCUCUGUCUCGGUUUCUACCUCAGCGGUCCUUUCUGUCGGGACGCCUUCAUCGUCCUCUUUCUUCAGUUUCACACCUAGUACUGGCACACUGCCAUCUGGUGCUACACCUACGCCUUCAAGUGUCGUCGGGCCUCACGCCGGUCAUCCCACUCACUCUCACCUCUCUCUCUGUCAGUGGUUCAAGUACCUCGACAUCGCUUUCGACGACAUCAAUCUCCCUGAGCGUGCUCAGCCCUACCUCGGGGUCCUCUCAGUCAACCGGGGGCGCUAG